UAUGACGAUUCUACCAAAGAAAAAAAUCAAUAGCAAAGAGAAAGGAGACGCAGAAGCUAAUUAUCACAGACAGCAGAGAUACAAUCAUGGUCAGCGUCAUGGAGCCGCAGUUGGAGCGCCAAAUGACGUGGCAAGAUACCCAUAUAGUACUGUUUCUUCAAAUUUGAACUAUUCCAGCUACGCGAAUGGACAUUUCGUGUCUUCUGGGAUUUCUGAGGCACGAGGAGGUUGGUACGAUAAUAGGGAUAUAUCUCAAAAUCUGAUCAACAAUCGACAGGCAUUGGCAGCACAGUCGGCUUCUGAUGAAAUUCACCUUGGACUAACGGCUUACUCGACAAAUAGUGGUGGCGGAGUGUCGAAAAGAAAAAAGAAACGUGAAGCAAAUAUUUCAGCUUCAAUUGCAUCUGGAAAAACAGUAUCGAGAAAUACAAGAAUCGAACAUACAAAUAUUGAAGACUCGAAUGAGAAUAUGGAUCAGCAACCUUGUGGAAGCUCCACAGCUCCUUUGAAAACUGGCCUGCCCUCACCACCCCAUCAAAACUCCGAGGACGAAUACGACACUCAAAAUGAAAUUUCUAGCCAAGAGCGAGAACUGCGUUUCGAAAGACAGCUCAAGGCGAAGAAGGGAUUCCUCAUCAAGAAAAUGAAAGAGGACGGUGCUUGUCUUUUCAGGGCUAUAUCCGAUCAAAUUUAUGGCGACCAGGAUAUGCAUUCAAUAAUCCGGAACUUGGUCUGCGAUUACAUGAUGAAAAACCGGGACUUCUUCCAACAAUUUGUGACUGAGGAUUUCAACAGAUAUAUAGAGAGAAAGCGAGUGGACAGCGAACACGGGAAUCACGUGGAGCUACAAGCAAUAUCAGAGAUGUACAAUCGACCAAUUGAGAUCUACAUCUAUGACUCGGAGCCCUCGAACGUCUUCCAAUCCUCCUACAGGACUGAUGAUCUCCCAAUUAGACUGAGCUAUCAUAAUAACAUACAUUACAACUCAGUCUACGACCCCUACGCCGCAUCAGUUGGAGUCGGGUUGGGACUGCCUUCGUUCACGCCUGGGGUGGCAGAGAAGACACAGAUGAAGGAUGCGAUUCGGGCGAGUGAGUCACUGUACAUAGAGCAGGCUAUGUACGAGGACAAAUUGAGACUGACGGAUUGGGAGGCGACAAGUGAGGCCAUCAGUGAGGCAGUCCUCAGAGAGUCCCGACUGCAGUUCCUCCGGGACCAGGAGAAGAAGCAGCAAACUCAGCAGGGGGGCAGUUUCACCUCAAUCACAAACAACAACACCACCUCCCCCAGGAGUUCUCCAGGGUAUACAUCGAGUACGUAUGGCAACAUGACCGCCACCUCCUCCACAUGUGGCAAGCCCUGUUGCUCUUACUCGACCGCCAGCCCACCCCUCUCAAAUCAGAGAGAGCACAAAGUAGGGGCAGGAUUGCUCAACUACCCCUCUAUGGACCCAGCAGUAUCGGCCGAGUCCCCCCAUCUUAGCGCCUCGUGUUGCUUCACAAAGAGCUGUGCAAUUAACAACAUAGGAAACCACCAGAACAAAGAUCAACAAGGGGCACUUUCACAAAGGUCCUCUCCACUGCAACCUUCCAAUUACCAACUCAGAUCAAUGGCAUCGUCUCCCAAAGCCUCUCACUCGCCUAACUCUUCUGGCAAUAAGUCCCCAGUGCUGCCUAUUCCCUUAGCUCUUCAGAGCAAUUACAACAAUAUGAAUGGAGCUGGAAGCAAUGGCGUCGGGACCAAGUUGUCCCAAUGUCCCAGUCCGGACUACGGUGCAAUGGGAUACUUGUGGCCUCCUAACUCGCCUAAAGUCAUGUACCCGAACACAGGUGACUUCGAUGCUAGUGUGGGCUUGGGAGGAGUUGUGGGUGGAGUAACAGAUAGUCAGCAGCAGCAGCCAGAGUACAAUCUGCUGAGAGUGUUGAUGGAGUCACAGCUGGAAUACUACAACUCAUUCCGAUCCAGAAAUCCGGCCAGGUCCCCCUCCCAGCCGCAACACUCGCCCCAACCGGGUCCAUCCUCCACCUCAUGAUGAGUGGCAACAAAGUGAGAUCGCGAGGGGACCCCAAAAUAUGAACGCUGAGAAAGGAAACGAGAGCUGAGAGGUUGAAGUUGACCACAAGGGGAAAUAAAUGAAAUGUUGACAAAUAAUGACAUAAAAAGUAAACUAAGGAAAACUAUCCUUCAUAUGAUUAUUAUUAUUACUUACUAUUUGUAGUUUUAGCAAUAGAAAUGAU